UCGAUAUAUAAUCCCGAGGAGAGGGGUAGAUGUCCGGAGUACUCUGUAGAAUGUAGACUCACCGAUACAUUUACUUGAGAUUUGUUUCAGGCUUAAAUAUGAGACAAAAAUAUUUCCACCCUAGGGCUGGUGGUAAAGGCAUGCUUCUCGACCAAUAGUCAGAGACCUGCAAGUUCUGAACGGGAUUGAUGGUCGUCAACUUCUACACUGUUAAAAGCAAAUGAGGGGCAGAACAAGUGACAGCGUGGUCGGCGAAUCAUUGCUAAUCGACUGAGAAACGCCAUAAAGAUCAUAGUCGCAUUGACGACUGUGAUUGACAGUUUGGUUAUUGGAUGAUAAACUGAUGAAAGAGUCAAUCAGUAGGGGUUAAGGAAGAUAGUGAAGAUGACAAAAGGAUAGUUAGAUGGGAUGGAUGACAGAGAAGGAGAAGACAGCGACCACCAUGAGGCAGGGACAGACUCGACAGUCAUGUUCAAUCAAUAUUGCCUGCUGCGGAUCGUUUUCAGAGAAAUUGUGAAACUUCCAGUUCACCUUGAGGGAUUGGAAAUACGGUCAUUUCUGAGCACUGUGUACAUCAAGAUCCAUGGUUUGCUGGCAAGGAAGCUGUGGUAACCUCAGGCAGGGUCAGGUACCAUCUCCGGCGCAGUAGGGCACCCAUGGAUCAAAUCCGAGAUUUCUACUCCACCGGUCCCAGACACUCAACGUAUCGAAACAUCAUGAAUGAAACACGAUGAAUGAGGCUUAAAGACACCUGGUGAUCAUCAUUGAUC